GUUUGAGAGUAACUGUGUUGCUAACAUCGUCCCUCAUGGUACUGGGAGCUGGCCUGAGAUGUGUUCCAGUUUCAGACCUAGAAAUUAGGAAGAAGCUGAUUCACGGAGGGCAGCUGUUAAAUGGCUUGGCAGGGCCAACUGUGAUGAACGCGGCACCAUUUCUGUCCACGACCUGGUUUUCUCCGGAUGAACGAGCCACAGCGACAGCCAUCGCAUCCCUGCUCAACUACCUUGGCUGUGCUGGAGCCUUCCUGGUGGGGCCUCUUGUGGUGCCAUCUCCUAACGGGACAGCUCAUGGCCCACUGCUGUCACAGAGCAGCACUGAGCACAUCAAGGACCGCAUCGAGGCUGUGCUGUAUGCAGAAUUUGGAAUGGUUUCCCUGAUAUUUUCCGCAGCGUUGGCCUAUUUCCCCUCACGCCCUCCAUUCCCUCCCAGCGUGGCUGCAGCGAGUCAACGACUCAGCUACAGGAGAAGUUUUUGCAGACUCUUAAGCAAUUUCCGAUUCUUGAUGAUUGCUUUAGCCUAUGCCAUACCACUGGGUGUUUUCUCUGGCUGGUCUGGUGUUCUGGAUUUGAUAUUAACACCUGUGCAUGUGAGCCAAGUGGAUGCAGGCUGGAUUGGAUUUUGGUCUAUAGUUGGAGGUUGUGUUGUUGGCAUAGCAAUGGCAAGAUUUGCAGAUUUUAUCAGGGGCAUGCUGAAGUUUAUACUGCUGCUGCUUUUAUCUGGAGCAACAUUAGCAUCAACCUGGUUCACUCUCACCUGUCUAACUAGUGUCACUCAUCUGCCUUUAACCACAG